AUGCGCAGCGGGUAUGACAAGCCGCCGAUGGCUCCCCGCAGCUCCAGCUGCGAGAAGCCUAAGUCCAUCUUGAAGUCCACAAACAGCAACUUAUCGCCUAGCAAAUCGCCAACUCUGUCUACGCGGCGUGUUUCCUUCGAGGAGGAGGAGAGUUUUUUGGAGCCGAGGCUGCGGUUUAGUACGCCGACGCACGCUACGCAUUCGCAUCUUGAGGAAGUGGUAGGGAGAACGCCAGUUGCGACGCGGUCGGAGGUUGUGUCCAGUGGUCCGGUGGACAUGCAAAUUAGAAGAUAUGCGGAGUGGAGUGCGUCUGAGCCAACUAGUAUGCGUGAACGACCAGCGGACUUGUCGUCCGAUUCGCCCCAAGACUCUCCUACCAUCAUUCAUCGCGAGCGCAUUCCAGCCAUCAGCAACCGUGACGAGAAGGAAGAAAAGGGUGGAACACUUUCUCCCGAUAACAAUCUCUCAACAGCGACGCUGUCACGAACACCCACUGCAGAAGCUGUCGUCUCCGCGAGGCCAUGCAGUGCUGAAGAGUUGUCUCCAUUGCCGGAUGCGAGCGUCAGUGAUACCACGGCUUCUCCCUCUAGUCUUCUAUUGCAAGUGGGCCGCUCAGGCAGCAGUCGGUCCUCCAUGGAAAACUGCAUGCUCGUCGCCACCACCGAGCAAUACACGCUGCCGGAUUUGAAAGGGACGCUUUUUCCCGACGGGGAUACGCGCGCCGGCCGCCAUUUGCUGAACAUUUCGCCCGUCUCGUCUGAGGCGUGCGGUCGGAGCUUGGUAUUACCAGGCGGAAGUGUCUUUUCAUCCUUUUCCGUCCAAACAUCCCCGAUACGAGAGAGCAGCAGUUUGUUUUUUGGACCGUCCUCCCAGCAUGAAAAAUGGUGUGGCAGCGGUGCAGGAGCCAUUGUGCGACCUCCCCGAGCAUGGAGCCCGACCGCAGCGGGUGCGAGCAAUCAUUCCUUAUUGCCGCCGCGGCAGGGAGGCGUCGAGGCGCUGUCGUUUGAGGGUGGAGUUAACCCCGAUGAUCUGGUUUUUGAUGACAUUCCCGAUUGCAGCGUGCCGGAGGCAAAUAGUAACGAUAAUGGACCUCCUCACCUCACGGAGUCACCGCAUUGCCGGCGUAUGCUCGAUUUCUCCAUGCAGCUUUACCCCAACCUUGUGCAUCCGGAAGAACCGCCGCACACCACUGACUUUCAGGAGUUAUCAUUCUCCAACUUCACGGACGGUGAUGGAGAGAGUGCCUUGCAGGAGCGCAGCGUUCGGAAAGGGUGCCGUGCAGCAGGGGACGAUGACCCAUUGUCCAUGCCACCGCAGCCCUUUUUGCGGGUGUCCAAUGCCGGGAAGAAAGGAAAACGUCUUUCUGGGCGGCCAUCCCCAACGCACUUUUUGCACGGUGAGUACUCUAACGCCUGUGGCGCCGUGGAAAACCCGCUAGAGCUGACGGAUUUUGCUGUGAGGAGCACUGGUGAGGAGGUGCUGGGGAUGAAGGAAAACCAAAAGCCCCUGAUUUGUCGUGACCAAAAAUCGACACCAGAUGGUGCCACAACGAAUUCCUUAUUGGAGUGUUUGCACGCGUCCUCCCAACUCUAUCCGAGGCAGGCGAAACCGGUGAUGGUCGAGUACAUCAACAAGUUGUCCGCUUCUUGGCAGGAGGCUCUUCGCGGUGACAUGCAUCGCCGUCGCCGUCACCGUGGCCAUACCAGCGAUGAGGUGCACCAGCCGCAUUAUCGAAAGGAGAUGACGAGGCAGUUAUUCCCGGGGGUAUUUUUUGGCCAUGCAUGGACGAAUACAGAAACGCAUCACGUCAAUUGUCUGACGGCAGAUACCAUUGGCGCGUCUCCGUUAAUUCCCAUCAAGAAAACAGUGGUUGUCAUGCCAAGUCCGAGGAAAACGAAAAAGAAGCGCUGUGGCGCCAAGCCAGUCACCACCACUGCUGUGGCUACUCCUCCAGCUAUUAGCAGCAGCAGCAGCAGAAAAGUUGACGACUGUCGUGCGGAGGGAGAAAAGGCCACUCCAGAGAAGCUUCUGCGUGAAGAAGCAUGUGCCGAGUCGGAGGAGUUUGAGGACGUACACUCGUACGUUGCGCAAUUGACGCCAGUAUUCGGCAUGACUCCAUCAGGUGUGGCAACAUAUAGUUCGCAGAAGGAGUCGAGGAACUCCGACAGAAAGAAGGCGGCACGCACCCCCACAAGCGUCGAGAAGAGUGGGAGUCGCUGCAAUUUGGGGAGCGUGCGGGAGCACUGCAGCGUAAAAACAACGAAAGAGGUGGAAAUGGAGAAAGAGGAAGAGGAAAGAAGCGCUAAGCGGUUCGAGAGACUUUGCCGCGCCUUGCGGCCACUCUCAAACGAAGGCGCGUUUUUUUCAGGUGAUAAAGCCUGCAUUACGGGCUGCGGUGGCCAUCGUCCCCUGCGAGAUCACGAUUACAGUCACCCUGCUGCUAACAACGACUUGUCUGGGUCUUUCCGCUGCCAAAAGUCCACGCAGCCAAAGAAGAAAUUCCCGCCGUUGCCGUCGCCUUCGCCGUUGCCGUCGCCGCCUUUUUUAACAGUGGAGGGUCUCAUACACACGCCCGAGCAGGCCGCAUCGCUGGUGGGAAGUGAAGAGGCAGCGGACUCGCGGCCCAUCGCCCUGUUCGCACCAGCGCGCUCUGUGUCACCGCCAGGGCUUUUUCCCGGCAACAGGGCCGAGGACAGCGGAAAAAAUGUAUUGAAAAGCCACGUCGGCGUACUGACGGAGCGCUGCGUGAGCAACCGAUCGGCGGUGAGGGCGUUUGCCCGCGAAAUCUUUGAUAUUGUACACGCGCUGAGAGAGAGCAACUGGGCGAAGAUUUUGUAA